AGAAACAGCUUCCCUAUUCUGACAGGCUACAGAUAGUCAACUCUUCACUUUUCUGUAGGAAGUUAAAAACAGUCAGGCAGCAGCAGUAAAUGUCUGUGCUGCACUCUAAAUAUGCUAGUAAAGUUUAUUAUUAAAGGCUGAGUUCAAGAUGUCAGCUGUAUGGAUCGACUGAACCCUCGUAAACUGGUGCAUUUGGAAAUUAGUUUGAGUAAUGGGUAAUGUGCAGGCGAUACUGAAGCCUAGAGAGGAGUUUAUACAGACUACAACUACUGGCAAUCUUCCAUCAAGUGUAAGCGAAAAGGAGCCAGCAGUGGUGUUGAGUGACUAUCCUCCCCCUGAAAUUUGUGAGCCCCUGUUCAGGACAGGAGACUGGCUGAGACUCUUAUCGGAAGAGGGCUACUGGGUAAAGGUUUAUUCUCUCCAGACAAGAGAGGAAAACUACAUCCCACGCUGCCAUGUAGCUAAGGUUUACCACGGGUGGUUGUUUGAAGGUGUUGCAAGACAAAAAGCUGAGGAGUUGCUUCAGCUGCCUGGGAAUAGAGUCGGGUCUUUCAUGGUCAGAGAGAGCAGAAGAGGUGUGUACAGCUUAUCUGUGCGCCACAGAUCUAUAGUGCAUUACCGGAUCCUCCGUCUGCCAAACAAGUGGUAUUUCAUCUCUCCAGGGCUAACGUUCCAGUGCCUCGAGGACCUAGUCAACCACUACUCCGACAUAGCAGAUGGUCUGUGUUGUCUACUCACUGGUCCUUGCCUGGCAGCCCCUGACCCGGUACACAUCUCUCAGUCUGCUCCUAUAAUGAGAGCUCACAGCUUUAACUGGACAACAGUGGACAGAACGGCGUUUGACCAGCAAAAUACCACUGCCGUCUCUGCACAACAAGGAUCUUACAUCAGUGCUGGAGUGCAGGACAGUGUAUUAUCCUAUCUUUCUCUGGCAGGAGUGGAAGAGAAAAAAAGGCAUAGCUUCAAGAGGAAGAAAUGGAGAUCCUUCUACGGAGUUCCAAACCAACGAAUGUACAAUAUGAUCAGAGAGGACGAGGACCAUGAGGAGGAAUACUAAACAAAACAAUCAUAACUAAAAUCUAUAGCCCAAAUUGACAAAAGCUAAGAAAUGGGUUUCUUUUCUUACUAUAGUGUGGACAACUUGCCACAGAUGUACGGAUGUAGAAAACCUAGCAAAUGAAGUAUUUCGCUCAAACUAUCGCAACAUUUUCACAUGGUAUCGCACUGCUUGCUUCUUCACACCAAAGAUGGACAAAAAUCUUUAUUCUUGUACUUUAUCCUUAUUCCUGUUCACCAUCUUCUCACUUACCAUAAGCAAAACCUGGUGGAACAGAGAUGAAGACGAGGAUGAGGACAGAUGAAGGCUGGCGAUGUCAGCACCGUUUCUGUCUGCUCCCAUCGUCACUCUGGUGGGGUCACCUCCGAAAAGAGCGAUGUUCUCCUGUACCCACCUCAGUGCUGCUACCUGGUCCUGCAGCCCAUAGUUCUCAGAAAAAGUACCAGAACCUGUAAUCAUGUAGCCGUAUGAACUAUAACAGUAUGGAUGAGUUUUUACAAUCCACAAUUCAGUAAUCUCAACUAAUGGACAGCAUCAUUAACAGAGUCAACUAGUUUCUGGUUAUCCAUAAUAUUGUUCAUAUUUGUAGUAUUACGACAUAAGAAUCCACACUAAAAUCUUCACUUAAA